UGAGAAGUGACCAAAUGUGGCCCAACUCUCUCACUCAUUUGCCUAUUGAGACAAAGAGGAGUACCCUCACCCCCUCAACUUCUUCCUGCGGCCAGAGCAUCCCCAAGAGAGAGAGAGAAACCUCAAACCACCAUUUCUCCAUAGCCAAGUGAGCUCAAGAAAGCAAGAAGCUUAGGGAAGAAGAAGGAGUUGUUAAAGUGGAGAAAACCCUUGAAAGUAAAGGCACUUGUCAAAGGGGAUUUAAAAGCUUUCACAAAGUUUAAGGAGUCGCCGGAGUUAUCGCCGGAGUUCGUCAAAGUUCACCGGAGUUUGGCCGGAGUUCAACCGAGAAGGGUAGAACUUCAUCACGCUCAUUUGAGGUUGAAGCUCAAGCUUGCUAUUCUCACCUUGCUCGGUGAAGUGAUCUAAAGGGAGACGUGGUUCGUGCUUCCUUUACCGUUUUUAAACUAUAAACUAUGCUCAUGGAUAAUUUGUAAUAAGUACAUUUGUUUUGGGCCUGCGAGUCCACGUUUUGGCCAUAUGUGGCCCAUGAUUGAAUAUUGGAUAUUUCCGCGAUUCGUUCAAUCCAAAUAUGUGAUGUUGUUAUGUAUGUUUACUUACUGAGUAUGGUAUGAACAGAUGUUCAUGGACGCCUUGUAUGAUUAAGUCACGUUGACUUGUGGGUGACGUCAUUUAGUCAUACGGCGGUUGUACACGCGCUUGGAUGCGGUCCGGGGCGUGACAAUUAAGUGGUAUCAGAGUCAUCUCAGUUUCUAAACUAUAUAAUCAACCUCUCACAUGAGACUUUACAAAAGAGUUUUAUCGAAAACCAUGAGCAUUGUAUUUUGACGCUUAUAGAACUAUUGUCACCGAGGUUGCAAGGUCUCUAGUUGUUAAGAUGGUACCCUUAACAAUUGGUAUGGCGGCGACUUAGGCCAAUACGUGUCUAUAACAUUUUCCGUCAAUUGACAUUGAUUGGAGUCUAACGACUCGUCCAAAUUCCUUUUCAGAAAUGGAGGGUAGACGCAUGCGGACCAGGAACAAUCCGAGAGGGCAAGCACCGAUAGCUUCUGUUGGAGCUAGUCGGGCUUCAUCUCGAAGCUCCAGGGGUGGAAGAGGAGGCCGUGGAGGCCGUGGAGGACGUGGGGGCCACCGAGCCCAAACAGUGAGUGAUGGCCACGUAAGUUCGGUGUACGAGACUAGCACCGAGAACUACGACUCUACUUAUGUUCCUGAAACGGAGCAUGAAGAGACCCCAUACGAUGGGGGUGAUUUCCACACUGAUGAUGAAAAUGAUGAUGAGAGUGAUGCCCGAUUCGCCCAAAUGGGCGAAUUACUUGAGUGGUAUCAAAAGGAGAAACUGAGGAGAGACCUUAGGCGCCAAGCAAGGCAUGGCUCUCAAGGUGUGUCGGCUCAAGGAAGCCGGGGAGCUCCAAGGGCCGCAACUGAGGCUCCACAAGGUGGGCUCGAGGGAGGUUUCAUAGUGAGAAUCUCCAAGUACCUCAAGGAGGCUAGGGCCUUGGGGUGUAGGUCCUUCGAUGGCACCGGUGACAUUACCGUUGCCGCCGAUUGGAUCAAGAAAGUGAAGGAUGCAUCAAGGGACAUGCAAAUUACUCCGGACGUGAAGCUAACCGUUGCUUCACGGUUGUUUGAGGGGAUGGCCUCUACAUGGUGGGAAGGUGUAGAAGGGAAAUACCGUGGGAACAUCUCAUGGGAAAAUUUUGAGCGGGAGUUUUAUGCCCAAUACUACUCCGAUUUUGAGGUUAAUGUGAAAAGGAGGGAGUAUACUAACCUCAAGCAGAAAGAGGGUUGUACUGUUAAGCAGCUGGAGCAGGAGUUUAGAACCCUGGCUAGGUUCUUACCGGAGUACGCGAUCGAUGAGGACCGCAUGACUGAGCACUUCUGGGAUGCCUUACUUUUAGACAUCCGAGACCGUGCUACAUACUCACGCCUCAUGACUUUCAGUGAGGUGGUAGAACAGGGCAUGUUGGGAGAGGCCCAGUGGAAUGAGAGGAAAGCAAGGGACGCCGAGGAGGCGAAGAAGAGGAAGUGGAACAGUUCGGGGCCGCCCGACCAUUCCCGAAAGAACAACCAGGGUGGUGGUGGGGGCUCAUUCAAGGCGCCGGCCCCACCGGCGAAAAAGAACAGGGACGCGAAGUGGCACGGACCUAGGCCACAGAACUCGGGAGCACCUAGAUGUCCCAAUUGCUCAAAACAGCACUUUGGGAAGUGUAACGAACCACCAAGGUGUUUCAAGUGUGGGAAUGCGGGCCAUAUGAAGGCCAAUUGUCCUCAAGCGACGCAGGAGAACACACCGGGAGCCAGAGGAGGGGCCGUGACGGGGAGGAACCGUGCGGGACCGUCACAUGGUGGCACGGGGAGAGGCGGCGCAUCAACAAGCCAUGCCGCAUCCGUCAACCAAGGCGGGGCCCAAGCACGAGUAUAUGCUAUGACCGAGGCCGAUGCUCGGGCUAACCCCGACUCCGUUGCAGAGAUAUUCCACCUUCUUUCUUGGAAGUUGCCAAGAGACACCUUAACAUGGAGGCACCUUCUUGGAAAGAGCUCUCCAACAAAUAGGUGUGGGAGAAGAUAUGGAGAUACCUUGGAAGCUUGGAUGCAACUUCCUCUUGUCUACAAACUAGUCCUAUAAAUAGAGUGCUCCAUUGUUGUUCAUAGUAUCAGUUUAGAAAGUGAGAAAAGUGUGUGAAGAGUGAAAUACACUUAGAGUAGAAGUGUAUUGGUGAGGAUUGGUUUUUUGUAAUAGUUGAGUGUGAGAGUUUGCUCCUCCUAUUGUAAUUCUGUUCUUGAUAUUGAAUAGAAGAAUUUUCCAAUCCCAACAAGUGGUAUCAGAGCGAGGUUGAGUUUUCAUACACUGUUUUCUCAUUUUCAGAUAAAUUUCUACAGGUUAGAAAAUCGUGAUUUUUCAAGUUGCUCGGAAUCAUGAUCUGAUCAUACCGUUAGAUUCGUCUCGUCGAGACGAGAAAUCUGGUAUUUUUGGGGAAUUUUUUGGCCACCGGAAGAGGCCGUACGCGCCACCCAAACGCGCCGGAAAACUGCCUGCGUCAUCAUUGCGUCAUCACGCAGUCCAGAGGAAGAAGACGAGCCACGUCAUCCGCCACGUCAGCCGUGCAAGCCAUCCUCUGGGUGCCACGUCAGCGCCACGUCAGUGACACGUGGCGCCACGUCAGCGCCAGCGCAGAGCCAGCUGUUGCCACGUCAUCCGCCUGCUGGUCUGCUCACUGGGCUGCUGCCUGAACCGGACCGAACCGGUUCGUACUUGUGGAGGCCGGUUCACCCAUUUUCAGACCGGUUUUGGACGAGGUCAGACCGGUUCCUACCAUUUUCGGCCAUUCCGGAUCCAACGGUGAGCUCCGUUUGUCCAAAUUUGGCUCCGAAAAUAAGGUACGAGAUAUUUUGAGCGUUUUAUUAUGGAUAAAUCAUCAUCGGACACCAUGAUUGCGCUCACUUCCACAAAUUACAAUAUGUGGAAGCCUCGGAUGGAGGAUUUGCUAAAUUUGAGGGAUUUAGCCGAUCCUCUUGAUAAUAAUGGCGUGAAACCGGAUAAAAAGACGGAUGAAGAAUGGACAAAAAUGAAUAGAAAAACUGUCGCACAAAUUCGACAGUGGAUAGAUCAUAGUGUGUUCCACCAUGUUGCGCAAGAACAAAGUGCUUACACACUAUGGGAGAAGCUUGGUAGCAUGUAUCAAGCAAAAACCGCCCGAAAUAAGACAUUACUAAUGAGGAGAUUAGUAAACCACAAGUUACGAGGAGGUAUUUCGGUGUCAGAACACACCAGUCAAUUCCAGGAUCUUGUGAAUCAGUUGAGCACCACAGGAUGGGUUCUCAAAGAUGAAGAGCAGGCGAUACUACUCUUGAGCUCUCUACCUGACAGCUGGGAGACUCUUGUUGUCACUCUCAGCAAUUCUGCUCCCAAUGGCAAAGUGACUAUGCAGAUGGUCACAGAUGCCCUUAUGAACGAAGAAGCCCGAAGAAAAGAAGCCGGGACUGAACAAUCAUAUGCCUUCAUGUCAGAAACCAGCAGACGAGGGGGAGGCAGAAAUGGAGGAAGAAGUCGAGGUCGAGGUAGAGGCCAAGGUCAAAACAGAGGAAAUUCUCAAGUUCGCGGCCGAUCACAAGAACGAGGUAUGUCCUGUGAAAAUAAUACUUGGUUUGAAGGAUAUUGCAACUAUUGUGGUAAUUAUGGGCAUAGAAAAAGAGAUUGUAGAAAGUUUCUACGAGAGCAGCCACAGACGAGUCAAAAUACUAGCCAAGAAGAUGGUGUGACUAUGGUUAGUUUGUCAUCAGAUGCGUGUCUUGUUACACAUGGUGAACAAGAAUGUUUACACGUAGGUACUCAUGAUGUUGAGUGGGUGAUUGAUACAGCCGCAUCAUUUCACGCCACUCCACACCAGAACUUAUUCACAUCUUAUAAGUCAGGAGACUUUGGAGCUGUGAAGAUGGGAAACACGAGUUUCUUGAAGAUUGUUGGCAUUGGUGAUGUGCACAUAACAACCAAUGUCGGAUGCGCACUUUUGUUGAAAGAUGUUCGACAUGUUCCGGAUCUUAGAUUGAAUCUUAUCUCCGGUACAGCUCUGGAUCAGCAAGGAUAUCUUAACCGAUUCAAAGAAGGUACGUGGAAGUUAUCUAAAGGUUCCUUGGUUGUUGCAAGAGGCCAUAUUUGUGGUACUCUUUAUAAAACUCAUGCAAAGUUGUGUCAUCCAAGUCUUAAUGCUGUUGAAGAAGAGAUAUCACCAAACUUGUGGCACCGGAGGCUAGGCCACUUGAGCGUGAAGGGAUUGACAACUCUUGCAAAGAAGGAAGUCAUUUCCAUGGGCAAAGGUGUUGCCCUAGAUCCAUGCGAACACUGUCUAUUCGGGAAACAACACAGGGUUUCCUUCAGUUCUACUAGGAAGAACCAUUCAGAAUUACUCAGUCUUGUACACUCUGAUGUAUGCGGACCCAUUGAAGAGGAGUCACUUGGAGGAAGCAGAUAUUUCGUGACAUUCAUUGAUGAUGCAUCACGAAAGGUAUGGGCUUAUUGUUUGAAGAGUAAGGAUCAAGUGUUUGAUCGCUUCAAAUUAUUUCAUGCCAUGGUAGAAAGAGAAACAUGGAAGAAGCUGAAGUGCCUGCGUUCAGACAAUGGAGGAGAGUACACUUCCCGGGAGUUCUCAGCAUAUUGCGCCGCAUAUGGAAUCAGACAUGAGAAGACGGUUCCAAGAACUCCACAGCACAAUGGUGUAGCCGAAAGAAUGAAUCAGACCAUUAUGGAGAAAGUUCGUUGCAUGCUGAGUAUGGCUAAACUACCUAAGCCAUUCUGGGGUGAAGCUGUGCUGACAGCUUGUUAUCUUAUAAACAGGUCACCUUCUGUUCUUUUAAACUUUGAAGUGCCAGAGAAGAAAUGGUCAGGAAGAGAUGUUUCUUACUCUCACUUAAAAGUGUUCGGGUGCAAGGCAUUUGCACAUGUGUCCAAGGAGUUGAGACAGAAGCUGGAUAUCAAGUCAAACCCAUGCAUCUUCAUCGGGUAUGGUGAUGAAGAAUUCGGAUACCGGUUGUGGGAUCCCGAAGUGAAGAAAGUUGUACGAAGCAGAGAUGUUGUAUUUCAUGAAAACGAGUUUCAUGGGUGUGCUCCAAUAAUCCGCCAACAACAUACUCCAGAAGACGAAGUGUCUGUAUCAUCAAACAUUCCUCUCAGCGACGAGGAGAUGCAUGAUACUACUGAACAAGAGAGUGAUGGUUCAGUAGGUGAUGAUGAUACUCACAGUAAUGAUAUUCCUCAGCAGGGGGAGCCUUCAUCUGAAGACGAAGCUGAAGGUACUCAUGUUCGACGUUCUAUGCGAGGCAUAGUUCCACAGAGAAAGUAUUCCAUAUCCGAAUGGAUACUUGUCAGCGAGGGGGAGCCAGCGAGCAUCGCAAGAAUGAGAGAAACAAAGAAAAAGGUGGAGGGGGAGAUUUGUAGAGAUAUUCCACCUUCUUUCUUGGAAGUUGCCAAGAGACACCUUAACAUGGAGGCACCUUCUUGGAAAGAGCUCUCCAACAAAUAGGUGUGGGAGAAGAUAUGGAGAUACCUUGGAAGCUUGGAUGCAACUUCCUCUUGUCUACAAACUAGUCCUAUAAAUAGAGUGCUCCAUUGUUGUUCAUAGUAUCAGUUUA